AUGUUUGCACUACGUUUGCUCUUGGCAGUGCUAUACUUGGCCAGUGCAGGCGCUGUGUCUGGUGAAUCAGCGUACGAACGUGCACAGGCGCUUGCAAAAAAUGCUCCAUCCCGGUAUUAUGGAAUGUCCCCGAGAUACACCUUCAAAAACAUAGACGAUGGCAUUUCCGUUCCACAGUACGAUACCGAACUACAUCAGUAUACUGAGGCUCCGCUUUUUCCGCUAAAUUUGCAUCCAACCACAGAGGAGCGCAUUGCCCUAUUGGAAGAGGCGGCGCAAGCUGGUUCGGUUGAGGCCAAGGUGGCAUUAGGUGACAUCUACGCCUUUGGCGAACACGCGGUCCCCGUCGAUUAUCUUCGAGCCCGCAGCUACUAUGAGCUGGCUGUGGCUGACUCACCACAUGGACACGCGUAUUUCAUGCUUGGAUUCAUGUACUCCACUGGAUUGUUUGGUGAGAUGGAGAUGGACAAGACUAAGGCAAACGUGUACUAUGAGUUUGCCGCAGCCAACGAUGACUUGAAUGCGUUGCUUGUUUUGGCAUACCAGAACUUCCAAGGCGUGGGUCGGCCUGAAAACUGUGCUUUGGCCCAAUUCUAUUAUUCUCGUGCCGCUCGUAUUGCCAUGAAAGAAGCGCACCGCCAAGGAUUAGACCUGUCGUUGGAGAAGCUCUCCCAUAAUAUCCGGAUCCCUGAUUUCAAUGGCGGAAUUUUUGGACCAAAAGUUAGCGAGUCGCCUUCCUCUGUAUACACCAAAGUUGACCGCUUCUUGAAAACAAGAGACUCGUUGCGUGACAAUGAUAUUGACAGCCAUGACUCUGAAAUGGCUGAGUACUAUUUUGAAGCUCUCCAGGAUUACCACGGCAGUUACUUUUUACCGAAACGCUGGCCCAACGCCUUUGCCAGCGCUCUCAAGUGUGCAUAUUUAGGGAAGAAGAACGUUGCAGGCAAAGAAGAUUGGGCAGUGUCAAAUGUUGAUCGCUACGUGUAUAGCCGCUGCAUGAACCUUGUGGGCCACAUGUAUGUCAAAGGUCACGGCACCGAACGCAACCUUACUCGUGCUUACACAUGGCUAACUGCAGCUGCCGCCAUUUAUGCCAACGACAAGGACGCUUUGGAUAUGGCGUAUCUUCGAAUGUAUGAUCCCGUGUACACGGGAAAAUUGAGCUUGGGGUGUCAGGAGGCAUUGCUUCAAUCCAUCAAUAAUGGAAGUGCUCAUGCUGCUUUCAUUUAUUCCAACUACCUCAACGGGGUGCGUGACGAUCCAUUCACCCCUACAUACACGAGUAAAACGUACAGUUUGUUACUGAGUGCGGCAAUGGCGGGCCAUUACGCUUCCAUGUUUUAUUUUGCCGACGCAGUGGAGUCUGGUUUUGCCGAUUCUGUCGGCGAACAGUUUACGUGUACCGAUCUAGUAUCCUACUACAAAAUGUUUGUCGAACUGUCUGAGGAUACACUUUUGCCUCACUUGAAUUAUGCUUUUGAGGCCCUCACGUAUGGCGACUAUAAAAAUGCUUUAUUGGGAUAUGCGAUAGCGGCAGAGCAAGGAUUGAGUAACGCACAAGUGUCUGCGUCGUAUUUGCUACACCAGAUGGAACCAUUGUUUUCAUGGAAAAGGAAAGUAUUUGAUCCUAUCCGCGUACGUGAUGCAUUGCGCUACUUGGAGCUAGCAUCUGCUCAAGAAGAUAUCGACGCAACCAUUUUGCUAGGUGAUAUCUACUCCAAAGGUAUUCCUGAUGCGAAUGUAAGCACAGACUACAGCAAAGCCUUUGCCUACUAUAGUAAGGCUGCUCUGGCCGCCUCGCCUCAUGGAUGCUAUAAAUUGGGUUACAUGUACGAGUAUGGGCUUGGAUCCGCUAAUAACACGGUGGAUUUUUUCAUGGCAAAACGCUAUUAUGACCUUAGUGUUAAGUACUCGCAGGAAUACAGAGUAUCAAAGGCCGACGAUGCAAAGGGCAACACUUACCCCAUUGGCAUAGCGCUUUUGCGACUCCGGUUGAAACUCUUGUUGAGCCGUGACAAGAGGGACGAUUACGAAGAUUCUUCCUCUGGGUGGUUCAGUACUUUUAAAAGCCUUGGCAAGUCACAGACCACUGGAGAAGAUAAUGACAGAGCUCUAGAAAAAGCUCAGGCACAUCAUGAAGGUGGACGGUUUGAUGAUGUGGAAGAGUACGAGAUCUUCGAUUACAUGGUCCUCAUGUUCACGGCAUUCAUUUUCAUUUUCAUGUUUCUCCGAAAUUUCAGAAGGCAGGCUGGCGUUGUGAGAGGCGCCCAUAAUAGAGACAAUGCAGAUGACAAUGCCCAAGCGAAUGUUAAUCCGGCUCCAGGAGGUAAUUUCCAAGUUUUCUUUUUUGCUAUUUAG